UGAAGUGAUAGAGAUAAUCUACUAAGUCAAAUUUGGUAGCCUAGUAGCGAGAUUGAUUAAACCAAUCGGCGAUCGGGCAAUCCCUAAUACUGAGCCGACGUGAACCGGCCUGAUGUCGUCGUCAUCAUCAUCAUUAUAUAAAACGCCCUUCACGUGAACCGGCCGUAAUCGAAACCCUAAUCUUAUCCUUCGUUUUACAUCAGAAGAGCUUCUGAACAUGUACGGACAUCCAUCGCGCGGAGGUGGCCGUAAGCCGUUCUCAAGAGGUGGAGGUGGCCGUAAGCCGCUCUCAAGAGGCGCCAACUUUAAUUCAAACCCUAAUCUUUACUAUUCGGAGAGUCCCAAUGUCUUCCCUGAUCCUUUCCAAAACCCUUAUUUACAAUACCAGAAUCCAUUCCCAAACCCUAACUUUCAGUUCCAGGCUCAGCGUUCGAGGCCGGCGGCAGUAGUCGAGAGGAUCGAUAAGGCAGUGCUGGAGGCUCACCGCGAAAUUCUCGCAACUGGAGAGGUUGUGUCAGCAUGGAAAGUGUCUCAAGCAGCUCUGGUAAUACUUCAGGCUGACACCUGGGAUUCUUUGGGUUUCCAAAUGCAGCAAGUGCCCUAUCUUCACCGCCUUAUGCUCGCCGAAGGAAAGAUUAAUGACUUCAUUCACUGCUUUGUUGGUGCUCGAAGAAUUACAACAUUGCAUGAUUUGGAAAUUGCAAUAUGCAAUACAGAGGGGGUUGAGCGGUUUGAAGAUCUGGAAUUGGGGCCUUUGGUGAAACACCCAUUAAUUAUACAUUAUUUUUCUCUCAGUGCUAAUUCCACAGAAGUGUGCAGAAUAACCAGUGAAGAGAUAGUGUCAUUGCUUUCUGAGUUCAUGGAUAUCGAUAAACAAAGAUAUGUAGAAAUUGAGGAGCUUUUGGAUUUUAUUGCAAAGAAGAAAUCUGUAACAGCCAAGGAAAAGCUUGGUGUGCGAAUUCAGAGCUUGGGGAUGCAUAUCACAUUAAUCCGUCAAGCAUGGCAGUCUGAAAUUACCACCGUUGCUGAAGAAAUUACACGGCUGGGAUGUAGCAGUAGUAAACAAUCCAAAAGAAAGAGAAAGUAUAUCAAUGUUCAGACUCCUGUUACUUCACUUCAAAAAGUGCACAAAACACAAAGGAUCCAAACACCAUUCCGUAGGAGAGAACAGACAAAAUUUUUUGGCAAAAAGAGUAAACAAUCCAAAGGAACGAGAAAGUAUAGCAAUAUUCAGAUUCUUGUUACUUCACUUCAAAAAGUGCGCAAUACAAAAAAGAUCCAAACGCCAUUCAAUAGGAAAGAGCAGACAAAAAUUUCUGGCGAAAAAAAUAAAAGGCUAGUGAAGCAAGAAUAUUUAUUUCAUAGCUCAUAUAGCAGUGAUUCAAUGAAGAUGUUCAUUACCACUUGGAAGGAGACAUGUCAAGCAAACAAUGUGGAUGAGGUGUUUGAGAAGAUGAUUCAAGUUUAUAGGAAUAGGAAGAGAGCAACAGCAAGAAAAUUGUUUUCCGCAUACCCAUUAGUUGACUUGCUUCAUAUUGCUGUAACAUCUAUUAAAAAUGGAAUGUGGGAUAGCAUGUGUGAUACCUUCCAAAGUUUCAGCCAACUUGAUGUAGCAAACACAGUUUCUGAGAAUUGUUCUGAUUUUGUAUCCAAUCAUGUUGAAUCACCUAGAAGGAAAGCAUCCAGUCUUUCUCAAAAACUUUUGGCACCCGAACAUGAUUCUGGUGAACUUGUGUCAGAUAUUGCCAUUGCUAAUAUUACACCUGGUAUGAAUAUGAGUGUUGAUUUUUGUCAUGUUGUGUCUACAUCAGAAGAUACAGUUUCAGCUUCAAAUUUGUCUAAUUUGAGAGAUGGAGGUCAGCUAUCUCUCAGCCCGGCAAAUGCUCAACAGGCACUUUUAACAGGUAGACUAGGAGAACUUGUUGCUUUCAAAUACUUCGUCGGAAAAGUUGGUAAUGCAUUUGUGAAGUGGGUGAACGAAACUUUUGAGACUGGGCUGCCUUAUGACCUUGUAGUGGGAGAUCAGGAAUACAUAGAAGUGAAGGCAACCAAAAUUGUCAGAAAGAAUUGGUUCAAACUAUCUGCAAGGGAGUGGCAAUUUGCCGUUGAAAAGGGUGAACUUUACAGCAUUGCACAUGUCAUGUUAUCAGCUACUGAUACAGCUACAGUCACAGUAUACAAAAAUCCUGCCAAACUCAUCCAGCUUGGUAAGCUGCAGUUAGACAUUACAAUCUCUUUUUCAAACUGAUGGCAAAGCAUGGGAUGAAGAAAUCUUUUGAUCAGCGAGAUAGGGAACUGAUUAUGAAUAUCCCCCUGUUUAAGUAAUGAAACUGAGGACAUGCUCAUUUGGAAUGAAGUGGAAAAGGCGGAGUUUUCUGUCAAGAGUUGCUACCGUAAGAUCACAAGGGAAGCUCAAAUAAUGGAAGGAACAACUUGGACAAGGAUGUGGGCUUUCAAUAUUCCUCCAAAAGUGAAGAUAAUUUUCUGGCAGACUUGUGUGAAUUGCCUGCGUACCACAGAUGCACUUCAGGUAAAACAGGUACAAUGUUCUAUUUUGUGCAACCGAGAAACAACGAAGUCUGGAACCAAAAGUGCUCAUCACCGUAUUGUAUCCUGCGAGAGGCCAAUUUUUUUUUUACAUGGCUGGGGGGUUGUUAGACGACUUGGAGACCAAAGGAAGAAUAGAGAUAUAAUGCCUUGGUGACUAAAUGGGAAAAACCUCCUGAUGGUUGGAUUAAGUGAAUGUCGAUGCAGAAAUUGACACGGGAGGUAGAAAGAUGGGUUUUGGAUGUGUUUUGCGCGACCAAAAUGGCGGCUUUGUUAUGGCGAAGGAAGUUCCAUGGAAAGGAGUGUUCAAUCCAAAGGUGGCAGAAGCUAUAGACAUUAUGGAAGCUUCUUCAUGGAUGGAGAAUUCUGGUCUGGACAACAUACUAGUGAAACAGACGCCAUGGAGGCGCUGAAUUGUCUCAAAACUGGCAGAAUGAAUACCUACCUCUUUUGAUCUGAUAAUUAAGGAUGCAUUAGAACUAGCAAAACAGUUUACAAACAUUUGCUUUUUACAUGUUAAGCGAUCUGUGAAUAUGUUGGCUCAUUUACUAGCUAGACUGAAUUCAUUAGAGAUACAUAAAGCAGUACACUGAAUUACAGUAUUAAA